GUUAUUUUCUACCUCAUUCCACCACUCCAAGCACUCCAAGCGUACCCUCAAUAUGACUUUCACGGCCACACACUUCGAAGUUUUUUCGAUUGAUCAUUCAAUACUAAUAAGACAACAUGACGAACAGCAAUGACAGUUAUGACAGCAAGUUAUCGAAAACAACUCCCUCGGAACGACUAUCUCAAGUCGCUAGCCACGUAGCUCCUCGAAAGCGUCACGCUGCGAAGACCAAGAACGAUCUUCCAGCAGACUAUUCCGAUAUCCUUAGACAAUUGGAGUCUCUCAAGACUAUUGCUCGUACACCCGACUCGAAGAAUGCAGGAUAUGUCCGGCAAAAGCAAGCUGGAAAGCUAUGGGUGCGGGAACGAGUCCUGGAGUUACUAGAUGAAGGGAGCUUCCACGAAGUCGGCUCAGUAUCUGGCACGGUUCAAUGGAAGAAGCUGGAGGGAAUAAAAGAGGAGCCGCAAUCAUAUGUACCGAGCAACAAUGUACAAGGGUUUGGGACAUUGAGAGGUCGCAGAAUUGUCUUCACGGCGGAUGACUUUUCGAUUCGUGCUGGACAUGCAGAUGGAGCUUUGAUGGAGAAGACGAUAUAUAUGGAGAAGCUGGCUGUGGUAUUGAAGCUUCCUAUCAUAAAGCUGGUCGAUGGCUCUUCUGGGGGAGGUUCGGUCACGACUAUCAAGACCGCUGGCUACUCUUACAUUCCGCCUAUGCCUUCGUUCAAGCAUGUAGCCGAGCAAUUAAACCUAGGGAUACCGAACUUGGGUGCUGUUCUUGGACCGGCUAUUGGAUUGGGUGCUGCAAGAGUUGUUGCUUGCCAUUUCUCAGUUAUGGCUGCUGACGUGGGGUCACUGUUUAACGCUGGGCCGAAAGUCGUCGCUGGUGCAACUUUUGAGGAAGGUCUGAGCUUCACCGAUCUUGGUGGACCAUCGAUGCAUUGUACAAAUGGCACAAUUGACAACCUUGCCGCGAACGAGCAAGAAUGCUUCGAGCAACUUAGGACAGUUCUCGGCUAUUUACCAAACUCGGGAAGCUCAUUACCUCCGACCAUCCCAUCAGAUGACCCCGAAGAUCGAAUAUGCGAGGAGCUUCGAUCAAUCAUACCAAGACGAAAAGCUCGAAUGUAUGAUCCCCGGAAGAUCAUCACGACUGUUGUAGACAUGGGAAGUUGGUUCGAAAUUGGUGCGUUGUGGGGUACAACUGCGAUUGUCGGGCUUGCACGACUAGGCGGACGACCAAUUGGCAUAAUUUCUCUCAACUGCGAGGUCAACGAUGGAGCCUUGGAUGCAGCUGGCAGUCAGAAGAUGGCUAGACACCUCAAGUUUUGCGACAGUUUCAAUAUUCCCAUCCUCCAAUUCGUUGAUGUUCCUGGAUAUGCCAUAGGUACGAACGCGGAGAGAACGGCAACUAUGAGACACGGAAUCGCUCUUGCGACGACUUACUUCUCAACUACUACUCCAGUCUUCAGCGUGGUGACCAGGAGAGUAUAUGGUGUAGCUGGAGGAAUCAUGCUUGACUGUCGAGAUCCUCGGAUGAGAGUUGCAUGGCCAAGUGGAGAAUGGGGAAGUCUUCCUCUCGACGGUGGAAUUGAAGUUGGUCAUGCUGCAGAGUUGAAAGCCAUCAGAGACAACGAGAAGCGAGAGGCACGGUAUGAGGAACUGGAGGAAGACUACACACGUCUCAUGAACCCUGUCAGAACAGCAAAUGCUUUUGGAAUUGAGGAGAUCAUAGAUCCAGCGUUAACUCGUCAAAUCGCUGUGGAGUGGUUGAAGCAUGUGUACAAUGAAUUGCUUCCUCCAAGGCUUUUAGAUCGGGCCAACGGGAAGAUACACCCUAUAUUCUACUAGGUGAAUCACUUGGGACGGCGGAGUAGCAUUUGCAGCAUAGACAAUGGCUGAAUUCAGGAGCGACAUGGAGCCAUUAUAUCGACGCUACCCCACUGGCUACUAGUUCAUGGAAAGGACAAAACAAACCUUUGGCUUUCUAUGCUGAAAAAACAUAUCAUGGCUGUGCCUCGAGUUACAGUUUCGCCCGGCAUCAUAUCACGGCAUCUGCAAUGGCAAUAAAUGCGAAAUCUAGGUAGCCAAUGAGAACAGCGAUACCGCGAGUUACCUGCGAACAUAUCUUGUCCUUAACCUCACGAAACGGUCUAUAGAAAGUACCAGUAUAACAUCCAGGUGCGCGAAUCCGGUGGCUCGACGUCAAUUUGGAUAUAUGCGAUGAACUUGGGUAGAUCCGAGUAAAGAUGCAAGCAUAUGCGUAAAUGAGCGAUGAUCUUAUGGUGCAGAAUAUGGGAACGAUUGUUGUCAGAGCUCAGUUGAUAUCAUGUUCGGAAGACGCCGAAAGGCUAGUAAAUGAUUUCGGAUACUGAGACAAAUAUGGAAUUCCCCUACGGGGUUUUUCAUGCAGAUAACGUCUGUAAAUUGUCUGCAUUUUGUCUGCAUUCCUAGUAGUAGUAAAAUACAGACAAAAUUCAGACAAUGUCUGCUACAAACGCAUCAAAAAGUGCAGACAAUGUCUGUAAUAGACGCAUUAAAAAGCACAGAUAAUUUAGCGUGUAUCAAAGGUAUAAGUUCAGGUAACUCGGACCUUUCGUGUUUCAAUAUAAAGUUAAACAUAGACCUUCUACCUACUUUCGGAACACUCGGAAGGGAGACCUAUCUUAGGAGGGAGGGAGGGAGACCUACCUUAGGAGGGAAGGAGGGAGGGAGACCUACCUUAGGAAGGAAGGAGGGAGGGAGACCUACCUUAGGAAGGGAGGGAGGGAGACGUGCCUUAGGAGGGAGGGAGGGAGG